AUGACCGAUCAAAGAAAAGAAGGUCGCGAUGGCUCAAGCGAGUGGCUCGAAUUGUCCGCCCUCGAGGGCUCGGUCACUCGCCCCAGCGCGCGACAGACACUCCUUGACGAAGGUGUCAGCCAGACGCGCAGCGCCGGAAAGGCAUCAUCUGUGGGUGGAAAAAUACUCGAACUACUUCGAUUGAGACGAACAUCACGAGCUGCCCCAGAUGGCCGCAGAAUACCCUUGCGUGUUGGGGAGGAACCGCUCAUCGAUGAGCGAACAGGGCGCCCAUAUAUUUCUAAUCGAAUCAGAACCUCUCGCUAUACAAUUUGGAACUUUGUCCCAAGGCAAUUAGUCUACCAGUUCUCGAGGCUGGCCAAUAUGUAUUUCCUAAUCAUCGCAAUUCUGCAGAUGAUUCCAGGAUUCAGUACGACCGGUCGAUUCACAACUCUGAUCCCGCUGUUGAUCUUCGUGGCCCUCACCAUCGCAAAAGAAGGAUAUGAUGACUGGAAGAGAUAUACACUCGACAAAGCAGAGAACGCUAGCGAGGUGACUAUUCUACGAACUGAACACGACGCUACAACAAGCAGACAGCAUGGAAAACGACCAUCGGCGGCAGACUCGGAACUGGCUUUGAGCCCAUCAUCGGAUCAAAGGGGCUUUAUUGCGCCAUGGAAUACAACACGAUGGGGCGACCUGAAAGUUGGGGAUAUUGUACGACUAUUGGGAGAUGAACAAGUGCCAGCAGACAUUGUUCUUCUCCAUGCCGACGAGAGUGUCGCAUAUGUGGAUACUAGGGCCCUGGACGGGGAGACUAAUCUGAAGAGCAAAGUAGUGCCAGCGGGUUUGAAGAAGUUGGAUUUGGUUUCCGUGCAGAACAUCUCGGAUUCCGAUGUAUACUUUACCAUCGAGCACCCCAACCAGGACUUGUAUAAUUUUGACGGGACAGCUAUUGUUGAUGACAGCCAACAACUCCCGUUGAAUGUGGACAACAUUAUUUACCGUGGCUGUGAGGUCAAAAACACACGAUUCAUCAUUGGCAUGGUGAUAAACACUGGCGAGGACACCAAGAUUCGUAUGAAUGCGAAUCAAAACCCGGAAGCGAAGAGGCCGGCGCUCGAGAAAUUCGUCAACUUAAUCGUUAUCUUUCUUGCGCUGUACAUGCUUAUCACCUCGGUCUUGCUGUACAUGGGCUUCAAGCUCUACUGGCAAGGCACAGAUGUGCCGUGGUAUCUCAUGCUGUCAGUUGUGUCUGAUCAAGAGGUCAUCAUCGGCUUUAUCAUCCAGUUCUCAAAUGUCGUUCCAAUGUCGCUCAUCAUGGCGAUAGAGGCGGUCAAACUCAACCUGGCGGUAUUGGUUGCUUCGGAUGUCGAGAUGCACCACGAGGAAACAGAUACGCCAGCAGGCUGCAACACGAAUAUCAUUUUGGAUGAUCUUGGACAGAUUGGGUACAUCUUUUCUGACAAAACUGGAACGCUUACCGACAACAUUAUGAAGUUCCGCAGGAUCAGCGUGGCGGGAACCAGUUGGUGGCAUGAAGAUAGAGGACUCACAGCGGGCGAAGCUCCUGCAUCACUAGAAGCACAUGGAAGGACAACCGACGAUCUCGUCGCUCAAAUUCGCCACGACCCGAAGUCUGCCCUCUCUCAAGCAGCUUAUGAAUACAUACUAGCACUGGCAGUUUGUCAUACCUGCCUCCCUGAAAUGGACCGUCAGACCGGCGAGAUUACAGAUUUCCAGGCAUCUUCCCCGGAUGAGCUGGCUCUGGUAAGAGCAGCACAGGAGCUCGGGAUCCUAGUCGUCGAGCGCACAACGCAGUCUCUCACACUCGAGAUCUCCAGCGGCUUGGGUCAAGGAGGCAGGCGUGAGACUUACGAGGUACUGGAUGUCAUCGAAUUCAGCAGCAAGAGAAAGAGGAUGUCCAUUGUAGUCCGCCGCCCGGAUGGGAGUCUCUGGGUCAUCUGCAAAGGAGCCGACACGAUUGUGUUGCCGCGCCUAAGAAAGGCACAAAUGGACGCAAGGAGGCAAUCGCUCAGACAACAUAAGAGGGGGUCGACGAAUUUGUCUUUCCCCAGGCGCUCGCUGGAGUCCCCGACGAGUCCAGUUUCUGUACACUCGUGGAUUCCUGGAAGCCAAGGAUUCUUUAAUACGAAUCCCUAUGCCGGACGCUCGAGUCCAUACCCAGAAUUACGCAUGAGUGAUGAUGACACAUUGAGCAGAUGCUUGGACCACAUAGACGAGUAUGCGAGAGAAGGUCUUCGUACGCUCGUCUAUGCACAUCGGCAUCUCUCUGAACAAGAGUAUAGAUCAUGGAAGAGAGAGUAUCACGACGCUCAGAUCAGCCUGACAGACCGUCAGAGGAAAUUGGAGGAAGUGGGAGAGAAAAUCGAGCAUUCCUUUGACCUGAUCGGUGCAUCGGGCGUCGAGGAUAAAUUGCAGAAAGGCGUGCCUGAGACGAUUGAUCGGCUGCGCAGAGCACGCAUUAAGAUCUGGAUGCUGACCGGAGACAAACGGGAGACAGCGAUCAACAUUGCACACUCGUCUCACAUCUGCACACCGCAAACAGCACUCUUCCAGCUGGACGUCGAAGAUGGCGACUUGGAGUGGCAGAUCUCAGACAUCCUCAAUUCACCCGACCGCCAAGAGGCACCCCACAGCGCCAUCGUGAUCGACGGCCAGACGCUCACCGCCCUAGAGCAGCCGAACGCAGCACACCUGCGCAAGAUCUUCUUCACUCAGCUAAUCCCCACCGUGGACUCGGUGAUCUGCUGCCGAGCCUCCCCCUCGCAAAAGGCCCUGCUGGUGCAGGCAGUGCGCGACGAGCCCGCGCCACCGCCAGGCACAAGCAUCGCGGGCAAGGCGUGGUGGUGGGUGCGCAGCAGCUUCACGAGCCACCGGCGGCCGCUGACGCUGGCGGUGGGCGACGGGGCCAACGACCUGGCGAUGAUCACGGCGGCGAGCGUGGGCGUGGGCAUCUCGGGGCGCGAGGGCCAGCAGGCGGCGCGCGUCGCUGAUAUCAGCAUUGCCCAGUUCCGCUUCCUGUCGCGCCUGCUGCUCGUCCACGGCCGCUGGAACUACCACCGUAUCACGCGCUUCGUGCUCGGCAGCUUCUGGAAGGAGACGUUGUUCUGGUUCCCUGCUGCUCUGUACCAGAUCGCCGCUGGCUUCACGGGCACUAGCUUGUACGAGUCUACCGCCCUGACGGUUUAUGGGUUUGCAUUUACGACCGCGUGCACCAUGACCAUCGGCGCGUGGGAGAAGGACCUCAAAGCCCGCACGCUCAUGGCUGUGCCCGAGCUGUACGCGUAUGGCCAGCGCGCACAGGGCCUCAAUUGGGGCGUGUUCCUCUCCUGGAUCGCGAAUGCGGUCCUGGCUGGCACGGCCAUCUCGUUUCUUACGUGGCUGGGUUACGGUGGCGCGUACACGACUACGCCUGAUGACAAUGGAUUAUAUGCCAUUGGCUCACUGGUGUUCAUAGCGUGCAUGAUUUGGACGAAUGUGAAGAUCUUGAUCCUGGAGAUGCAGUACAAGACGAUCCUCGUCCUCCUCAUCUUCUGCGCCGAGAUCGUCCUGAUAUGGCUCUUCCACAUCGUGGUGGGCUACGUCUUUACCUCGCUCGUGAUCAGCCCCUAUUCCGUGGUCGACGGGUUCGUCCGCAACUUUGGCGGGGACGCCGCCUGGUGGGCCACGCUGGCCCUCGUAUUGGGCGGGCUCUUUACUGUGGAACUGUCGGUCGCUGCGCUGAGGCAGCGGCUCGCAGGCACCCUCAGCCAGGCGUGGAGGACCGACAGGGGGAGGAAGGACGCCAGCUCGUGGGACACAAGGCUCUGGAAGGAGAUUGAGCGUGAUCGCGGGUGCAAGGCUCGGCUUGAGGAAAUGGCUCGAGAGUGA